CUCUCAUCCCUCCCCUCGCGCUCUCAGCCAUUUUAGCAGCCGGUCCAGCCGCGGGCCAGCGGCAGCAGCGGGACGAGGCGGGCGGGCGCGUUCCCUUUCAUUGUGGUCUUAAACUAGAGAGCUGUAUAAACUUGACACUGAGGAGCCACGGAGCCAGCCUCCCCCGCAGAACCCUGCUGUGAUCCAGCUGACACUGAAAAAGCCUCAGUCAUCCCUGUCACAUACCUUGUGUCCACUGCGGGCUCUCACAGGUUACUAAAAUUUUAACAGCUGCUCUGAAACAGUUCUACCAAAGCUUCACUCACUGUUGCUUCUUCCUACGCCAUACUGCACUGCUGCUUUGCUCUUGCCUGCUUCAGAACACAAUCAGAGAUUUUUGGGUUUCUUUAAUACCCACAAUGAAACUUAGGCUAGAAGUACGUGCCGUUCUCUUGCUGCCUGUGUACUUGUUGAUAUCCCUGUACAGUGUGCUUGUAUUUAUUCCCUGGUAUUUUCUUACCAAUGCUAAGAAGAAAAAGGCUAUGGCAAAACGUUUAAAAGCUAAACCCAUCUCGGACAAACCUGGGAGCCCCUAUCGUUCUGUCACUCACCUCGACUCACUCGCAAACAUAAACAUUCCCGGAGCUGACACGUUGGACAAGCUGUUUGACUAUGCUUUGGCAAAGUUUGGGAAGAAGGACUGUCUUGGGACCAGAGAGAUACUGAGUGAAGAAAAUGAAAUGCAACCAAAUGGAAAAGUGUUCAAAAAGUUAAUUUUAGGGACCUACAGAUGGUUAUCCUAUGAAGAAGUAAAUGAGAAAGUGAAUCGUUUGGGGAGUGGACUGAUGGCCCUGGGACUGACCCCGAGAAGUACCGUUGUCAUAUUCUGUGAGACCCGAGCAGAAUGGAUGAUCACAGCUCUGACCUGCUUCAAGUACAGCUUUCCUCUUGUUACCUUGUAUGCCACCCUGGGUGAAGAGGCAGUAACCUAUGGUCUCAAUGAGUGUGGAGCGUCGUAUCUGGUCACUAGUGUAGAACUUCUGGAGAGUAAACUUAAGACUGCAUUGCCACGAGUGUCCUGUCUUAAACACAUCAUUUACGUGGACAAGAAAACGAUCAAUAAAUCAGAAUACCCAGAAAAAGUGGAGAUUCAUAGUAUGCAGACAGUGGAGGAGCUGGGAGCCAAACCAGAAAACUCAAGCAUUCUGCCAAGCAGACCUGUUCCUACAGACUUGGCUUUAGUGAUGUACACCAGUGGCUCUACUGGGAGACCCAAAGGAGUGAUGAUGAUGCAUAAAAACUUAAUAGCUGGAAUGACGGGACAGUGUGAGAGAAUACCUGGGCUGGGACCCAAGGAUACUUACAUUGGUUAUUUGCCUCUGGCCCAUGUGUUAGAAUUGACAGCAGAAAUUUCUUGCAUCACUUACGGCUGCAGGAUUGGCUAUUCCUCUCCGCUCACACUAUCGGAUCAGUCAAGUAAAAUUAAGAAGGGAAGCAAAGGAGACUGUACUGUACUUAAACCUACAUUGAUGGCAGCUGUGCCUGAAAUCAUGGACAGAAUUUAUAAAAAUGUCAUGAGCAAAGUUCAAGAGAUGAACUAUAUUCAGAGAACACUGUUCAAGAUAGGCUACGACUACAAACUGGAACAAAUCAAGAGGGGUUACGAUGCACCUCUGUGUAACGUACUAUUGUUCAAAAAAGUAAAAGCACUACUGGGAGGGAAUGUCCGUAUGAUGCUGUCCGGAGGAGCACCACUCUCACCUCAGACACAAAGAUUCAUGAACAUCUGCUUUUGCUGUCCUGUUGGUCAAGGCUAUGGACUAACAGAAACGUGUGGAGCUGGAACAAUUACAGAAGUUGCUGACUACAGUACUGGCAGAGUUGGAGCCCCUCUUAUUUGUUGUGAAAUAAAGUUGAGAGACUGGCAAGAAGGAGGCUACACUAAUAAAGACAAGCCUAAUCCCAGAGGAGAAAUUAUAAUUGGUGGCCCCAACGUCUCAAUGGGCUAUUUUAAAAACGAAGAGAAGACAACAGAAGACUUCUCCAUUGAUGAGAACGGACAGAGAUGGUUCUGUACAGGAGAUAUAGGAGAAUUUCAUCCCGAUGGCUGUCUGCAGAUCAUAGAUCGUAAGAAAGACUUGGUAAAGCUACAAGCAGGGGAAUAUGUAUCUCUGGGCAAAGUAGAGGCAGCGCUGAAGAACUGUCCACUGAUUGACAAUAUCUGUGCCUAUGCCAAAAGUGACCAGUCCUAUGUCAUCAGUUUUGUGGUUCCUAAUCAAAAGAAGCUGACAGCAUUAGCUGAGCAGAAAGGCAUCAGUGGAACCUGGGUAGAUAUUUGUAACAAUCCUACGAUGGAAGCUGAAAUACUGCGGGAGAUCAAAGAAGUGGCCAACAAGAUGAAAUUAGAAAGGUUUGAAAUACCUAUCAAAGUACGGUUAAGCCCUGAACCGUGGACCCCAGAGACUGGGUUGGUAACAGAUGCUUUCAAGCUGAAAAGGAAAGAACUGAAAAACCAUUACCUCAACGACAUCGAAAGAAUGUAUGGAGGCAAAUAAACAGGAUGCAUUGACCAGACAGUGGUGCAGAUGGUUCCUUCUCAUGCCUCAGUUUUGGAUGUCUGUGUAUACUGUAGAUAUCACACAUUCAGCAAAUACACCAAAUGGAUAAGUGUUUCCAUAAUCUCUAUUGAGUACCACAGAGAAUAUCUUAGACUCUGAAUUCUUAAUUAUUAGCAGACUAGACACUGAUGGUCUUCAUAGAGUUUCAUGUGAUCAUCUCCAGAUUUGAGACAGACAUCAGUAUGUGAAGCAGUGUGACCAGGUAAUGUUAUUAUUAUUGUUUCUCUAGCAUACUCAGACUGCUUGCAACUUCUUGUUAAUUCAUUCUGCAGUCUGGCUCAUAUUCCAAAGAGGAAAAAGUGUAAUAAGAUGAUUCUUCUGUUGCAAUAAGAUACCUAGCAAAGGAGGAAAGAGUACUUAAAGCUUAACCUUCUCCAUUUAAAAAUAAAACCAAAAUGACAGCAUUAGUCAAGGAGUUGCUAGAGAUCACUAAUAAUGACAAUGGGGUCUUCUUCACAUCAGUUACUCUCUUAAAUAUUUACAGUGCCUAAAAAGAAUAUUAAAGUACACUUACUGAAAUAAAGGUGAACUGAAAAGCUUUCUAAACCCGAGGUAUUUGAAAUUUCAUUCAAGAGCAUUGAAUUAAUUCUUUCAACUUCCAACUCAAAUUUAAGUUUUUACUUGCCCCUGUAUUUUAAUUCCAGCAGAGCUUUCCUAGGACAUAAAAGAAAACAAAGACUUGCAGCAAGGUGCUGAUAAGGAAGCAUCACCUGAAUGCAGAAUGCAAAACUUGCAUCUUGGCUGGCAAACAAUGGUGAAAGGGAUGGGCAGGUGUAUCUGAGCAGAUUUGAAACUCAAAGGACAUGUUUUUUUCAGUUGGGCCUCUUUUUUUUUAAAGAGGUGGUUGGUGACCUUGUUUUUAAGGCACUGAUCCUCUAUACCCUCCAUGUGAGUUACCUGUAUUUAAUGUAGAGGAUCAGGGCCUAAAUGUGUGUGUUUACUCCAUGGAAAGGUAUUUCUGUUCACCUUUCUGAUACACUGAGCGUAACACAGCAACCAGAAACCAACAGCAGUUUCCCCAUGGAGUCUUGUUUUACUUACAGAAAAGGAGCCUGUGGCCAGGGAAUCUGUUUUAUGGAACUUGUAAAAAGGGACAAAUCACUCUUUACAGAAAUUCAAUAUAAAAAUGCUCUCUUGUUAACUGGAAGUCAUAGGUGUGAAGAAGUGGGAAGAUAAUAAUUUAAUAAUGUUCAUUAUUUUGUGUGCAGAAUGCUAUCCUGUGUCUUCUUUUGACUUGUAAUUGAGCUUCUGCAUCUCUGCUGGCUCUUCACACUUGAACCAUAAAUGCUGUAAAAAGUGGAGGCUCUUGAUACUGUUCUACUUUGCACUUUCUUAAUCGUUUUAUAUAUGUUGCUUACAUUUUGUACAGCUGUGGCCCUCAACUGCUAUAUAUUACAAGUUCAUUUUGAAGUAUUUAUAGAUUUCUAUUCAUAAUAUUUGUGUUGUGUAUAUGAUGGUUAAAAAGAAAAAUUAUUUGGUAUUGUCACUGUACAGAAAGUAAAAGAUUUUGUACGAUGCUUCUCUUGAACACACGGGCUUGUAAUUUCAGGGCAAGUUUUCCCUUUAUUGCAUGUAUGUGGAUUUUUUCUUCCAGUUCAAACAGAUGUUGUCAAAAAUAAAUCAUGGCUAUAUGCUCAUUAACUAAACCAUCCCUUCUCCUUGGGACCAACUUCAAACUUCUCCAUGCUUAACUUUCUCUGGCCAGUCCAGAACACUGCCACAGCUCAGCCUCCAAGAGCUCCCAAGGGGAAAGGGAAAAAACCACCUUUGGUUUAUGCAGCUGGUUGUAUCUGUGCAUGGAACUACAACAGUCACUAAAAGGAACAAAGAAAUAGCUUUUCUAAAAAUAAAGUUAUUUUUUCUUAAGACACCUACAGUUGGUUUAUGACAGUGGGAAACAGUUUCCAUACCAGCAGCAACUUCAGUGACUUGGCCCUAGAGCUACGUUACUUACCCAUUUUUCAGUGUUUAAAACUGGUCACUAUUAAGCAGCCCUUAGUCAGCCUGUUAGUAUCACAGAAGUUAAAUGUAUGUCAGAAAGUUACCUGCACUUGAAUCUGUCGGAAGGUUGUAUGAUUUUUGUUUUUAAUCAUGAAUGUAUUUAUAUGAAAUGUAAUUUAUCUAGACUGCAAGUAUCUUCUGUGUCUUGGUUAACUGACUGAGGAUUGCUAUUUUCAAUCUAUAUACACACACACAUAUACAAUGUUAACAUUUCAAAGUGGAAUACAAUUUAAAUGGUUCAACAA